UUCAUAUAUAUCACUGUCUCUUCUUCAGCAUGAGAACUUCAUUGUUAUCUCUGGCAUGGGCUCUUGCUCUUCUAGCUUCCUCUUCCUCUUUGGUUUCUGCUGAUGUACUGGAAUACACGUGGGAAGUAGCGAACGUGACAAUUCAGAGACUGUGCAAUGAAACGGUGAUAGCUGCAGUUAACGGAAGCUUGCCAGGACCAACAAUUAACGUUCGAGAGGGCGACACUCUUGUCGUCCACGCCAUCAAUAAUUCACCCUAUAAUCUCACUAUUCAUUGGCAUGGAAUACUUCAAUUGAUGACUCAAUGGGCAGAUGGUCCUGAAUAUGUAACACAGUGUCCAAUCUUAUCAGGAGAAAGAUACACAUAUAGAUUUAAUGUAACGGAGCAGGAAGGAACUCUUUGGUGGCAUGCUCACUCUUCUUUCUUUCGUGCUUGGGUCUAUGGAGCACUCAUCAUUCGCCCUCGCUUAGGAAACUCUUACCCUUUCCCUGCACCUUACCAAGAAGUCCCCAUAGUAUUUGGUGAGUGGUGGAAUGCUAAUGUUAUGGAAGUUGAGGAGGAAGCAAUAGAAUUUGGUGGUACUCCGACAAUAUCCGAUGCCUUCACCAUUAAUGGCUUGCCCGGAGCUCUCUACAACUGCUCUCAAAAUCAGACUUUCCAACUUGAGGUUCAGCAAGCUGAGACCUACUUGUUGCGCAUUAUCAACGCUGCACUCAAUGAACACCUCUUCUUCAGGAUAGCGAGCCACACCUUCACUGUUGUCGCGGUCGACGCCGCGUACACGAAUCCCUACGCCACCGAUAUCAUCGUGAUAGCGCCGGGCCAGACCGUCGACGCCCUCCUCAUCGCCAACCAAACGGUGGGUUCAUACUACAUGGCUGCCUCUGCUUACAACACCCUAAACGCCUCGGUGGUCCCAUUGGCCGACACGACAACCACAGGCAUUGUCGUUUACAACGGAUCCACCUCAACGACACCCCUAAUGCCAACCUUACCUGCCCACAACGACACCCAAACGGCCAAUAACUUCUACCUCAGCAUCACAGGGUUAGUUGGUGGCCCCCACUGGGUCCCAGUUCCACAAGACGUGGACGAACACAUGUUCAUCACUAUCGGAAUCGGGCUCGAUUUCUGUACUCUACAAAAUGCGACAUGUGAGGGUCCCAAUGGUAAUCGCUUGUCUGCGAGCAUGAACAACGAAUCGUUUGUGUUUCCCAGAGGACGAGGAUUCUCGAUGUUGGAUGCGUUCUACAGAAACUCUACUAGUGGAGUUUACACCAGAGAUUUUCCAGAUGAGCCUCCUCUGGUGUUUAACUACACCGACCCAAGCAUUAACAACAAUAUGACUCUGGCUUUCGCACCGAAAUCGACGAAGGUGAAGACGUUGAAGUUCAACUCCACGGUUCAGGUCGUGUUUCAGAACACGGCCAUACUUGCUGCUGAGAACCAUCCUAUGCACAUUCAUGGAUUCAAUUUCCAUGUUCUGGCUCAAGGGACAGGGAAUUACAACGCCUCAAAUGAUGAGUCCAAGUUCAAUCUUAACGAUCCUCAGAUUCGUAACACUGUUGCUGUUCCAUUCGGAGGCUGGUCCGUCAUCAGAUUCCAAGCGAAUAAUCCAGGAAUAUGGUUGGUGCAUUGUCAUCUUGAAAAUCACGUGACUUGGGGACUUACGAUGGCUUUUGAGGUUGAGAAUGGACCAACAACAGAAACCACACUUCCUGCUCCUCCAGCUGAUCUUCCUACUCGGUGCUGAGUCCAUCAAUUAUAUACAAAAUCAUUUUAAUCUAUGUUAGAGUUUGAGAAAAAUAAAUAAUGAAGAUUGUUUUGUGUAUUCAUUUGUAUACUUGUAAUUGUAAUGUGGAUUCUUAGUUUAAUUUGUUUGAUUGGGAAGAGGGAUGAUAAUGCAGUAAUGAAGGGAUGA